CUAAAAAGUGUAUUUCAGCAGUAGUUGAAGUUACGUAAAGUUCGGAGUUAGUUUCAUUAAGAUUUCUGCUUUAGUGGAGCCAGUCUACAUUUGUGGAGUAUAUCAACUUGUUAUUACGUGUUGUUCCCUCAGUACACAUGUAACCUGCUAUUCUCAUUAGAGUCAACCUGCAUCAAUUAGGUUUCUCGUGACGCAGUGCGUCUGAUGUCAUGACGUCUCCGCCUUCUCCAGAAUUUUCUACCUGCGGUUGAGACCACCAUUUUGAGAGGCACUUGGCUGCAGGCAGGACCUCGUGAACAAUUUGGUCAAUAAGGUAACGAAGAUAUUACUUUUUCCAUAGUCCUUGAAGGUAAGUCAAAUGUAGAACACAUAUUUUAAUAUAUUAGAUAUAAAAAUAUUCCAACUGUAUUGUUUGUUAAGUGUUUAGUAAACUGACCUGACCAAACCGCUAUCAUUCAGCCCUGCUAACAUUAGCGAAAUGUCAGACCUGUUGGUAGUUUGUGCUUGGACAUGUAGGUUAAGUUAGUAGUUUGCCGGCGGUACUCUCUUGUUUUAAUAUCGUAACGCUAGCUUAAAGUUGUGUAUUCAUGCAGUGUGUCGGUGUUGGCUUACUGUUAGUUAUUCAUUAGCAUUAGCACAUUAUGGCGGCAAGCUGGGCCGCGGUUCUCUUCAGACUACGUUACUUUGGGCGCGCGCAUUUAUACACGAGUGGUUGUUCGCAGUAUGCCUGUCGGCGCGAAUAGUUCAUGCGGUCAAGGCCACGGGUGAUGUAGGAGGUAAAGUUUAGCUGUGGUGGCUCCAGGAAGCAUGCAUUUACUGCCGCUUGCAUUGCUUUCAAUGUACAUGACGUUAAGAAGGCGAGGAGAAAGGGUGCGUGCAGCGCUCGUACACGCACGGAUCAGCCGUGUGAGAGGGAGAUGGUGUGCGGCAGAAAAUCAAAAUUAGAAAUCAUAGAAGAAAGUAUUACGCUAUUGAACACAGAAAAUACAGCCAUCAGAUUUCUUGUAGACCUAGCACACUUCUGGUCUGUGUCUGAAUACAUAUAUAAGUACAUAGAUGCAGAUGAACACUGUAAACAUGAUGAAAGAUCGACAGACUAACUCGAACAUAUCUUUAAUCUUUAGGACUUUGGGUAGCGCUUCCUUUCCUUCCUGUCAACCUCUCCAGAGGGGUGUCUGCUGAUGGCAGAAAGAUUACAUCACCUCUGGUUGGAACCCUGGACAGUGCCACAACCUUUGGCUUGGUGUCCAAUGUGAUGCCCCAUCGCCACCUUCUGACCUAACUUCUUCUCAGCUCUGUGACUACUUCAAGAGGGGCAUUCCUGUGUGGAGGCGUGCCAGGCAGCUCGUUUUACCUGUGAACUUGCGUACUUUCACUUCAUCAGCAACAAAGUGCUAUGCUUCAUGUGGAGAUGCAAGGACUGUGGGACAACAUUAACAAAAAGAUCUGAAUUGCUCAAACACUACAAACUGAUUCAUAGGCAUUACGGACGAGGCCACUCAUAUCCAUGCACUUAUUUAAAUUGUGCAUGUAGGUUCAAGACUUGGAACGCCCUACUGAGCCAUCUAUCAAGAAAUCACCCUGCCCAACAAGCAGUCUCCAAAGCUGCGUCCACAUUCACUUGCCAUAUUUGUGGCCAUAAUCAACUCUCCACAGAAAGAGAAUAUUUUCAACAUAUCUAUCAGCAUCUUAAAAAUAAGGAGACUGUAACAUGUGCGUUCCAAAACUGUGAAUAUAAAACCAAUGUCUAUGAGAACUUCAAAAGUCAUAAAUACAGAAAACACUCUGGUACAGUGAACACAUUUAAGCCUGGAAUAAGUUCUGUUGAUGAAUCUUCUGCCAGUGUUGCCAGUGAUAUUUCAGAUGUGGAAAUUAUAGAGAGUGAUGUAAAUUUAAAUUCUGCUUUUGACAAUGGGUAUUCUGAAAACUUAGAGAAGGAUAUUGAGCUUAAAAUUGCUUCAGUGCUCCUUAAGUUGGAACACAUCUUUCUUGUGUCUAAUGCAGCUGUAGAUGAGCUUUUGCAGGAGUUAAACUAUUUGAUUGGUUCUGUUUCUGUGGCGAUUACCCAAAAGACUAUUAGCCAAAUAUUACAAGACAAUGGAUGCCAAUUUGACCAGUCAGUUGUUGAAAAGCUAGCCAGUGUACUCUGUGAGACAAACCCUGUAAAAAAAGCAAUUGGAGAUAACGGUCCACUUUCCAGUCCUUGGAGACGAAAAGCAUACUAUAAGAGCCACUUUAAAGUAGUGGAACCAGUGGAAUAUAUACUUGACCGAAAAAAUAACAAGUCAUUCCAAUAUAUUUCAAUUUUAAAGUCUUUGCAGCAUAUUCUUGACUGCCAGACAAUCUUGGAUCAGGCUGUUAAUUUGAAUACUGUAGAUAAUCAGCCUCAAAAAACUUCUGUGCACUACAAAACUAUCUUCGAUGGUGACUUCUUCCAUGAAAAUGGACUGUUGUCCAAGCAGGAAAGCAUUUCAUUGAUAUUAUACAUUGAUGAAUUCGAAAUAUGUAAUCCCCUUGGUACAUCACGGAGGAAGCAUAAAAUUUGUGGAUUGUACUGGGUUUUGGGUAAUUUGCCACCAGGCUGUAAUUCUGCUUUAACCUCAAUCUAUUUGGCUGCUUUAAUCAAAAGUAAUGAUCUGAAGUGCUAUGGGUAUGAGAAAGUGUUAAAACCUGUAAUUAAUGAUCUUGUAAUUUUGGAACAGAGUGGGAUAUUUCUGUCAAAGUUGGGCAGAACAGUAAAAGGCACUGUUCAGUGUGUUGUUGCCGACAACCUUGGUGCACACAGUAUUGCUGGAUUCUUUGAAAAUUUCUCAGGGACAUACGUAUGUAGAUUUUGCACUGCAGAAACAUCAGAGUUCCAGACUAUUGAAGUCAGAAGUGAAGUCUUUACUUUAAGAACAAAAGACAUUCAUGCAGAUCAUUUACGAAUUAUUGAGGAAAACAAAUUGCCCAGUUAUUAUGGUGUGAAAUCAAAGUGUAUUUUGUCAAAGCACCUCUCACAUUUUGAUGUUACCACUGGGUUUCCACCUGAUGUUGUACAUGAUCUUUUUGAGGGAAUUGUUCCUUUUGAACUUGCGCUUUGCCUCAAUUUGUUAAUCAAAAAAAAGUAUUUCACAUUAUGUACAUUGAAUGAAGCAAUAUCAUCUUUCAACUUUAAGUGGGCUGACAAAACAAAUCGACCUCAUCCUGUGGCUCUCAGUUUUGCAUCCAAAAAAAGUGUAGGAGGGAAUGCACACGAGAACUGGAGUCUUACCAGAUUUUUGCCUUUGUUCGUUGGGCAGAGUGUACCGUGUGAGGAGCCUGCUUGGCACAUCUUAACAGACUUGAAGGACAUUGUUGAUCUUGUUGUCAGUCCUGUUCAUACUGAGGACUCCAUUGCAUAUCUUGGUUUUAAGAUCUCCGAGCACAGAAUCAAGUUUCAAGAGGUUUUCCCAGAUGUUAAUCUUAAACCAAAGCACCACUACUUGGAACAUUAUCCAUACUUGAUCCGUAAGUUUGGGCCACUGGUUGCACUAUGGACUAUGCGAUUCGAAGCAAAGCAUAGUUUUUUUUAAAAGAGUUGCAAGGAACAUCAGAUGCUUCAAAAAUGUACUUCUUUCCCUUUCACAGAGACAUCAGUAUCAGAUUGCAUAUCAUUUGCAUGCAAUUAGCUUUGCCAAACCCCCACUGGAAGUAACAGAUGUUUCCACUGUUCACAUUGAUGUUCUUAACAAGGACAUCUCAAAUGCACUGAGACAGAAGUCUCCAGAUAUGGACAAUGUGUGCUUGGCUAAAAGUGUAGCAUAUAAUGGACUAAUCUACAAGUGUGGGAUGAUCUUGAUCCACGGCUCACUGGGAGGACUGCCAGAGUUUGGUGAAAUCAUCCAAAUGGUGAUACUGCAGGACAAACUAAUCUUCAUUCUGAAAAAGCUUAGCGGAUGGUAUAUGGAACACUACAGAGCUUAUGAUCUCAAAACAUCACCAAGCAAAGAAGUGGAACUUGUUGAGCCACAAGAACUGCAUGAUACCUACCCACUGGCAGACUACAAAAUUAGAGGGAUGCGUCUUGUCACCUUGAAAAGAUAUGUCCAUGUUUAAAGG